AAUAAGCACAGCCGUCGCACGACCGAACCUUAUCAUCAUCGUGUUGAAAUAAAUGCCCGUGACAGACCCGAGCAGGGAUGCAUGAUUUGUGGGUGCGAUUCUCCGAUCCAGUCCAUGAAUCUUAUCACGUGCAAUGGUGGGAAUUGUGCACGGGAGUUGAAGCUGUCGUUGUUCGAGGUCGACGAUGCAGAGUGAAGCAUGCAUUUCGUGCUCGAGGUGCUGUGCCUGCAGCGAUCAUUGAUGGACCCGAGACUGUCACAGGAGUAUCCCUGCAGUAGAGCUCGGGUGGCGGGGUCUGGGUCUCCACCUUAGCUGCCGCGUUUCCCCAGAGCCUGCCUGAUGCUGGGGGCCUGUUGCAGGUGGGACGUCAUCCUGAAAACCUUGGAACGUCCAGCGCGUCUCGAGUCGCGACACUCUUCAACUGCGAUACGGAAUAUCAACAUAUCGCCCUUGCACCCCCCUUAAAUAUACGACCAGGACAAGAGGACACCAAAAAUGCCACCUGAUCGCCCCCGAGCGAGUCUCACGGGCCGCAUCAAGAACUCGCACUUCGUGGACUACGUCUGGCGCGCCUUCCGCUCGGCUGCUUACCCGAUCCAGGGCGUCUGGUACUUCUCGAAGCAGGGCAAGUUCUGGCCCCUGUGGGCUGGACGCCUGCUGCCGUUGUCGCUGGUGUCUCUAACUGUCUACCUGAUCUUGUUCCUGUUUGCAUACCUCCCGCAGGUUGCUUUCCUGGCCAUAUGGCAGGGCCGAGGAGCAUGGUUCAGCGCCAUGAUCUUGACCUUGGGAGAAGGGCUGGUGAUCAUUCAGGCCCUCUUCGAGGGCUUCUUUGUUGACGAGGCGCGGGUGGAUGUUUUUGACGCUACCCUGAUCGAUCACGACCUUGCCAGCCUCGUUGCCCCCCACCGCCUACUCUUCCCCGACGCCCCCAACUCUGUCAAGAUGCUUGGGAAGCCAACGUCGCGCGCCGAAUACACGCCAUGGAGCUUCAAACAGAUCAUAGAGCUGGUGGUCUUUCUGCCGCUCACCUUCAUCCCUGUCGUUGGUGCGCCGGCCUACAUCGUCAUCACGGGGACACGCUUGGGGAAGCUGAGCCACUACAGGUGGUUCAAACUGCGGGGGCUCAGCAGGAGCGAGAGGAAGGAGGAGGCGAAGAAAUACUCCUGGGACUAUGUAUGGUUCGGCACCAUGGCCAUGGUGCUGGAGCUCAUCCCGCUGCUGAGCUUUUUCUUCCUGUUGACCACCACGGCGGGUUGUGGCCUGUGGGUUGCGAAACUGGAGGGCAAGGCGAGGGGCCAUUCAAAUGAAGAAGGGGCGAGGGCAGAGGAAGGACGGGCUGUUGUGCCAUCGGAGGCGAGCGGGCGAGGUGGUGCUGCGGUGGAGGAGCGCGAUGACCCUCCACCGCCAUACUCGGACGAUCCGAUCUAAGUGGCUCGAAUGAAUGGAUGGGUGGGUGAGUCGAGAUUUUGUUUUUAUCCGAGACAAAUCCCACAAUUCUUGUCAACAAUCUCAGAUGGUUUCAAGUCUCCGAGACUUCUGGAGGGCUGUGAUCAGGUUUGCAAUUUGUAACCUUGGCAGUACGUUCGUCUCGUUCUUUUAUACCAGCCUCGGCAUCAAACUUGCCCCAGAGAAAAAGAGUCUCUUCAUGUCGGACAGUGUGACGCAAGCACACGGCUCGAAUGCAAGAUUGACGGAUUGAAAGGGGCUCCGUGGAACGCUCUUGGCCGCUGCAUCUCAGGCACUACCAAAUUGGACGGCUGUGCGCAGAUGGCAGGUCAGGUUCUGUCAUGUUUGGCAGUAGUUCCCUAUGCAUCCAAUUUACCAGCUCUCUGGGCGGCGCAAGU